UGUCGAAGAAGUCUCCCUGUUUCCAACUUUAAGCGUCUUUACGCACACAUUUCUGUGGCUUCUUGACACAGUUUUUUGUUUAAUUUUUUGCAUCGAUCAUAAGGUAGACACGCAGUGCAGUUGUUACGCUGGGAUUAAAGUAGAAGACAGAUGGUUAUCUUUCUAAAUAUGAUGCCUUUGUGUUGUUUUCAUCGAAAUACGUGGCCAGUCCAAAUCGUUUGGUGUUGGCUUGGGGGCGUACCCGUGACGCACGGAAACCGACGCCAAAGUCCGGGAUAAAUACCGCUGCUCUUGGCCGUUACAGACACAUCUUCCCCUUUACCUUUCCUGAACACUUCUCCCGAACAAAGAAGACGCUCAAAAUGUCUCCAAACAUGACUUGUGAAGCUCUGCAGUCUUUUUCUCCAAGCCCAAUGGCCAAAAGAAAAGAAGCCCUUGAGCUCAGAAAGACUAUGAAACCUCUGAUGGAAAAAAGAAGGCGCGCUCGUAUCAACGAGAGCCUGAACCAUCUCAAAAACCUGAUUCUUCCUCUCACAGGCAGAGAUAAGAGUCGCUACUCCAAACUUGAGAAAGCUGACAUCCUGGAAAUGACUGUGAGAUUCCUGGGUGAUAUUCCUCCUGUUAACACCAAAAAUGCAGCAGACAGUUACAGGGACGGAUACAAAGCCUGCCUCCAGCGGGUCUCCACCCUGGUUCCAAACACACGCCUGGACCAGGACGUGUGCCAGCGCGUCAACGACUUCAUUCAACAGUCCAUGACCGCCAGCAUCACACCGACCUGUCUGAACUGCUGCGCACAGAGCUCCAGGACCCUUCCUCAGAUCCAAAAGAGACUCCUGAGCCUCAAAUCCAGCUUCAGCCCCAAACUGGAGGUCCAGUCCCGCAGCGGCACCCCGGUGGCCCCCGUCAGGGCGCAGCCUGGUCCUCAGGCUGUGAACGCAGCCAUGUGGAGACCCUGGUAAAUGGAUGGACAUUUCACUGUAGAAGCCUGUGGAAAGUGCAUGAACUUUAGGCUACACGGUAAAAUGGCGUCACUUGUAAAUAUGCACAGUGAUUCAUUGUCAUGUUUCGUUGAUGAAAUCCAGAAUUCAUCGUUAAAUCGUCUUAGUUGAGUAUUAUAUACUUACGUAUUGCGCACGCGUCUAAUGUCCGGUAUAAGAUGACAUGUUUAGACAGUCGUAUUUGAUUAAAAUCCGCAUGUAUGUAUACGUUCAAUAUUUAGUCCUGUCCGUGGACUGAAUGAUUAAGGGCCACUGAAACCGCCCUGUAAGACCCAAAGGGUCAGUAUUUGUAGGAAUUUGCACCUUUGACUUCAGUGUUUUGAGUCUGUGCAGAUGAACAUUGUAGACAGAUUAUUUGUCACUAAAAGUAUCUCUGUUGGGAUGUGUUUUAUUUUUGCGAUUAAUUGCAAAUGUUGUAUUUAUAUUGUAUAAAAAAAUAAAAUAA